AUGAAGCUGAGCGACAAACUCAACAGUUUACGUUCUUCUCACCCAUUUUUCACACUCGAAUUCUUCCCUCCGCGUACUGACCAAGGUUUUGAGAAUCUUUUGCCUCGUAUUGCGCGCCUGUCUACACUAGCCCCACUCGCUGUGAGCAUAACAUGGGGCGCGGGAGGCAGCACAAAAGAGCGAAGCCUUGAUUUGGCUGGAAUCACGCAAGGAGAGUAUGGACUGGACACCAUCCUUCAUUUGACCUGCACGAAUAUGGCGCAGGGCAUGAUCGACCAGACGCUGAAGGCUGCGAAAGAGCGCGGUAUAACCAACAUCUUGGCAUUGCGAGGAGAUCCGCCAAGAGGUGAAGAGGAGUGGACACCGAUCGACCCUCGCUUUAAACAUGGCGCCGACCUCGUCAAGUACAUCCGUUCUAUUCCGGAAUACGCUGCCCAUUUCUGUAUUGGGGUUGCGGCCUACCCAGACGGCCACACCGGCCAGCUCGACGACGAACGCGCAGAAAUUGAGUAUCUAAAGCUCAAGGUUGAUGCGGGCGCGGACUUCAUCAUCACCCAGCUUUUCUAUGAUGUCGACUCUUACUUCCAAUGGGAGAGCAAAGUACGAGCAGCGGGAAUCACAGUCCCUAUCAUCCCAGGAAUUAUGCCCAUCCAAACUUACGCUUCGUUUCUUCGAUUGACGAAGCUCACUGGUGCUCAUGUCCCAGACUCCGUUAUGCAGGCUUUGGAGCCAAUAUGUAAUGACGACCAGUUGGUAAAGGAAUACGGCGUGACUUUGGCCACCGACAUGAUCCAACGUUUGACUGAGGAGGGCCGCGUACCCGGUGUCCAUAUCUCGACGCUCAACCUCGAAAAGAGUGUUCAGCGUGUCCUCGAAGGCCUCAAGUGGACCAGUUCUCCGUCCUCACCUCUCAUGGCCCAGAACAAACUCAUUGAUGAAAUACCCCGAAUAGAUGAUUUGAGUAUUACCGCUUCGACAGCAGCCAGCUCCGCCACCUUUGGCCUAGCCAAUCUUCCUGCUGCGGUUGAAAGCGAGGCCGGGCGAGGAGAACUAAACAACGCCUCAAGUUGGGAUGACUUUCCGAAUGGCCGUUUUGGAGACUUCAAAAGUCCUGCGUUUGGUAGCACGGAUAUGUGGGGCGGGCCAGCCAUCCGACCAGUUGAUGUUCUCCAACAUUGUGGUCACCCGAGGACGCACGCUGAUCUUACCUCUAUCUUCCUAGCUCAUUUGCACUCACGCAUCCCCAUUACGCCAUUCUCACCGACUCCCCUUUCUCCCGAAUCAUUGUCCAUCCUACCGCAUCUUGAGCGGCUCACAGAAGCCGGAUGGUGGACUGUGGGGUCGCAACCUGCAGUUGAUGGCGCUCGCUCAGACGACGAAGUUGUCGGAUGGGGUCCCCGCGCGGGACAUGUGUUCCAAAAAGGGUUUGUUGAGUUUUUUUGCACCGAAGCAGAAGUGGAUCGAAUCGAGCAUCGCGCACAACAGAAAGGCCUCGGCUGGGUUCAUUGGUUUGCGGGAAACAAACAUGGCGAGUGCCGCGGGAAUGUUCCUGAAGGCGGCAGGAACGCUGUGACAUGGGGUGUUUUCCCCGGACAAGAAAUUGUUCAGACGACCAUUAUCGAACGCGAGUCGUUUCUCACAUGGAAGGAGGAGGCCUUCUCAAUAUGGGCGGACUGGGCCUCGUUGUAUCGCCCAGGCUCGGUAGAAAGACGGCUGCUUGAGAGUGUCGGUGACGACCGGUGGCUAGUCAGCAUCGUCCACCACGACUAUCGUAACUCAAGUGCCUUGUGGACUUUUGUAUUUGAUGAGGGUGAGCCUUAG